AUGAGCCAUAUGGACCACAUGGACCACAACAGUACUACUUCAUCCCCAUCUCCCUCCCAUGGUGACAUGAUGCAUAUGACCUUCUACUUUGGCUUUAAGAAUGUGGAACUAUUAUUUUCUGGUUUAGUCAUCAAUACAGUUGGAGAAAUGGCAGGAGCUUUUGUAGCAGUGUUUUUAUUAGCAAUGUUCUAUGAAGGACUCAAGAUUGCUCGUGAAAGCUUGUUGCGCAAGUCACAAGUCAGCAUCCGCUAUAAUUCCAUGCCUGUCCCAGGGCCAAAUGGAACCAUCCUUAUGGAGACACACAAAACUGUUGGGCAGCAGAUGCUGAGCUUUCCUCACCUUCUGCAAACAGUGCUGCAUAUCAUCCAGGUGGUCAUCAGCUACUUCCUCAUGCUCAUCUUCAUGACCUACAAUGGCUACUUGUGCAUUGCUGUCGCAGCAGGGGCUGGCACGGGAUACUUUCUCUUCAGCUGGAAGAAAGCAGUAGUUGUAGACAUCACCGAGCAUUGCCAUUAA